AUAGUUUUAAUUAUUUUUUUCUAUACUAAAAUUUUCUAUUUUAAUAGGUUAUAAAAUUAAUUUUAUAAACAAUGUCUGAUGCUAAAUUAAUUAAAAAUAUACAAAGUACAUUUUCAAUGUAUGGUUUUGUUAUCACAAGGGAAGUAAGUACUUAUGUAGCUAGACAAUUAAAAUCUAUUGAUGCUGAUGAACGAGAAGAAUGGCUAAUAAGAAUAACAGAUCAAUUGUCAAAUUUAAAUUUGGAAUCACCACAUAUUACAUUGAACCACGUUGUAGAUGCAAUAAAAGAGUGCUUGAGGCCUCAAGAUUCUCUGCAGGAUUCAGAAACAAUUUUUAAUGUAAUAAAUACUACAGAAAUUCCUAAAGUUGUUUAUGAUAUUGAAAAAAAGAAAUUUGUAUUACAAAAAGUAUCAUCGGAGUUAUUUGGUGAUGCUAAUAGUAAGUCCAGUAUUUUUCGCGAUCGUCUCGAGUUACUGAAACAAGUAACGCUUAAGCAGGAGCCUUUUGCUCCAAGGAAAUUGGGUGAAGUCGAUGUUGAAAAAUAUGAACUGACUCCCAUUGAAUAUUUAUUGAGUAACUGCAGCAAGCCUGGAGAAGUUUAUGUUAUGGGAGUAUUAUCACAGCUUACUGAAGGGCAGUUUUAUUUGGAAGAUAGCGAUGGAUCCGUUAAACUUACUCUCAAGAAAACAACUUUUGCAUCAGGUUUAAUUGCAGAAGGAUGUGUAGUACUAGCAAGAGGAAUUUAUGAAGAUGGUUUUUUAAUUGUACGAGAAAUGGGUUUACCACCAGCAGAAUUAACAACAGAGUCACGAGUGUCAUUUGGAGCUGACAAUACGUUUGGUGGUCCUCACAAAACUUCUUUAAAAUUGUCCGAAAAAUUAAAAAUAUACGAACAAUCGCACAGUAUGAAUAUGAUUGUAUUUUUGUCAGAUGUAUGGCUAGACAAUACCGAAGUUGUUGAUAAAUUGCGUGUGAUAAUGGAAGGUUACUCAGAGGACCCACCUGUGGCAUUUGUACUCUGCGGGCAUUUUUUGUCAUCACCACCGAGUUACUCGAGCGCACAAAAAUUAAAAGAAGGAUUUAGAAAUUUGUCUCGAAUGAUAAAACAAUAUCCAGAUAUUCAUAAAUACUCGAAAUUUGUUUUUGUACCAGGACCACUAGACUUGGGUGCUCCUAAAAUUUUACCACGAGGUCCAUUGCCUAAAACACUUCUUGCUGAUUUUAUCAAAGCAGUACCUAAUACUAUUUUAGCCACUAAUCCAUGUAGGAUACAAUAUUGUACUAAAGAAAUAGUGGUCCUGCGCGAAGAUAUUCUAACUAAAUUUUGUCGACACACAUUCCAUUAUCCAGAAACUGGCCAUGUUUGGGAUCAUUACGCAAGAUCAAUUAUUUGUCAGUCACACUUGGCCCCAAUGAGUUUACCAGUGGUACCAGUAUAUUGGAAGUAUGAUCAUACAUUACAAUUAUAUCCGUCGCCAGAUCUUAUUGUUGCAGCUGAUCAAUUCCAAGCAUACUCUACCAGUUAUAUGAAUUGUAAAGUAAUUAAUCCUGGUACAUUUUUACGUAAUAAUUUUUCAUUCAAGGUUUAUAAACCUGGUAAUGAUGAAGUUGAAGAAUGUGAAGUACCAGCAGACGACGAUGUAUAAAUUUACACUUAUUAAUUUUAAUAAAUAUAUUUUUAACAAUGAAUAAA